AUGUCCAGCUUAGUCCAUAUCGAGUCGACCGACCAGUUCUCAGUCCUCCUUUCGUCAUCGAAGAUCGUCGUGGCCGACUUCUAUGCCGACUGGUUUGCACCAUGUAGGGUGAUCGCCCCCAUCUUCGAGCAACUCGCGGCACAACUGUCGCGCCCAAACAAGAUCACGUUCGCCAGAAUCGACACCGACAAACAGCAGGACAUCACCCGGUCAUAUGGCAUCCGAGUACUGCCCACCUUUGUGGUUUUCAAGAAUGCGCAGACAGUCAAAGUCAUCCAAGGCGGAGACCGGGAGCAGUUAUCGAACGCGGUGAAGGAAUUGGCCAAUGAGGCAAACAAGUUAGAAACGGGCGAGGAUACAGAGGACUCGAGCGAUAGCACAUGGGUAGGUCUUGAGCUACCAAGAGGAUACCGCAACGUGACUUCUCAGGUGGAUGUCUUGGGCAUGGAACUGCUGAAUUGGGACUCGGAGCAUGGAAACGCGAGAACAUUGAUCAGUGGAACCAAACCCAAAGGAAAAGCAGAGGACAAAUCAGACUGGGUCGAAAGCGACACGGACGAACAGCUCAUGCUCUACCUCCCCUUCAUGUCCACGCUAAAAAUCCACUCAUUACACCUCACCUCCCUACCCGACAACACCGACGACGACGAGUCCCCCAGCCGACCGAAGCUGGUCAAGGUCUACACCAAUAGACCUCGCAUCCUUGGUUUUGACGAGGCCGACGAUACACAAGCGGCGCAGGAGAUUACACUGUCAGAGAAGGACUGGGAUGCAAAAACAGGGACUGCCAAAAUUGAACUGCGCAUUGUCAAAUUUCAAAAUGUGUCUAGCCUGGUGGUGUUUGUGGUGGAGAGCGAAGGAGACAACGAAAAAGUCCGGAUCGAUCGUAUUAGAGUCAUUGGCGAGACAGGAGAGAAGAGGGAUGGGAAGAUCGAAAAGAUCGGAGGAGAUGAAUGA